AAAUCUCUUAAAGUAAGAAAUUUGACAAAUUUUCAUUUAAAAGUUUCUCUAAACUUUUCAAAAUUAAAUAAAAAAUAUAAAAAAUAAUAGGAAAUGAUUUUUGAAAUUUCUGAAAUAUAUGAAGACUUUUGGUGUUCCGAAAAAUUCCCAUACAGAAACGAACCUAAUUUAGAAUUUCCUUGUAAUUUAGAUUCCGGAUAUAACUAUUGUAGUCAACUGAUGAAGGCACUCGAUGAACGGGGUGAGAUAAAGAAGGGAAACGGCAAUACAAGCUGGUUGACUUGGACACCACCCUUUACCCACCUUCUCAAGUCAAUCAACUCGGCCUUCUUCUUCCUCUUGCUUUCUUCUCUCCGUUCUACACCUCCUACCAUUGCCAGAUCUUUCUUCUAUUUCAUUAAAGAGAAGGAAUUGUAGUCUCUACAAGGAGAUCAAGAGAUGGGAAGGCUAAGCCAUGAUCCAUGUAUUCACCAUUUUAGCCAUCCUCAUCCUUUACACCUGUCCAACCUUCAAUCUUCGUAUCCCAUAACUCAUUGUUCUGCUUGUCAGCUUGAGUCUUCUGGUUGGAUGUACUCUUGUAAUCCUUGUAACUUCACCCUUCACUUGUCAUGCAGCCAAUUGCCCUCUCUCAUCACCCAUCCAUCCCAUCCUAAUCAUACACUUGACCUCUUACCAUCUCCAAUUUACCCUAAUGGUGUUUUCAGCUGUGAUGCCUGCGGCCACGGUGGCCUUGGCUUCGGCUAUCACUGCAACCAUUGUAGCUUUGAUAUACACACUACUUGUGCUCAAAACCCACUUUCACUAACGAACCAAUUUCACCCCCAUCUACUUCAGCUCACCUUUGAUCCUCCUUAUCAUACUAAAGGCUUCUCUUGUGAUAUAUGUCAAAAGAUAGGAUCUAAUCAUUGGCUAUACCGUUGUGCUCCUUGUGAGUUUGAUGCCCACUUGGAGUGUGCAAUGGGUGCUGUGCCGGUGGCCGCUCAACAGUUGAGUCAGUAUCAGCCUCAGCCUCAGCCUCAGCCUCAACCUCAGCUUCAGCAUCACAACUCUUUUCCAGGAGCUAUUAUUAGUCAUCAAUAUCAGCAGUAUGGGAACAGAGUAGUAAACCCCCCGCCAGCGCAGAGUUUCUUUGCUCAAAGCCAAAACAUGGGAACUACGCAAGGAUGCUAUCAACAGCCAGCUGUAGGGAACAAUAAUACUAUCAUGGAUGUACUAGUUCAGGGAUUUGUGAAUGGAGCUGCUCAACAUCUUGGACAGAAUUUAGUGCAGAGUAUCAUGGGUGGUGGCGGUGGUGAUGGUAAUAAUAAUAAUAACAAUGAUGCUGAUCCUAACGGCGGCAGCAAUGGCGGUGAUUCUUCUAUAGUCGCUCUUGGAUCUUCAAUAUUGGAUGGUGUGUUUGGUGGUUCCAAUUGAGAAAAAUUGGAUAGUUUUGAAAUGAAAGUUUGUUAUGAUGGUAUUGUUAUUCUCUGAGGAUUUGUAAUCAUCCAAUUUCAUGGACCUGAAGAAUGGUCUAUUUUGUUUAUAAAUGUAGCAGUGAUAUAUGCAAGUGAAAAAUUUGAACA